GGGCAACGGAGCGACGCACAGCGAUCCACAGUCUAUUUUCGGAGCUUAGGCUGUGACCGGAGUACUGACCAAGAAUAUCGAAUUGGAAAGCUCAGAAGCUGGAAACAUGGAAACAGGAAAUAUGGAAGCAAAAAGCAUGGAAGCUAAAAAAAUAAAAAAUGACACCCUGUCUUCUGUCUCGGCCAUGCAAGCACUGUCCAGUCUACUGUAUCCUGAAGAAGAGGGGGAUUUUGAUGCCGAACAGGGACAAUGCUCAUCUGCUAUUGGAGCCAUGGGCCCUGGGAAUAUUGGACCUCCUAAAGUAAAAGAGGCCAAAGCCAUUCCUAAAUCCAGUGGUGAUGAAAGUGAGAACAUCUGGAAUCCGGAAGAGGUUCCAGAAGGAGCAGAGCAUGAUGAUAUAUGGGAUGUUCGAGAAACCCCAGAUUAUGAGAUUGUAUUCCAGCAAACUGUGGGAACUGAGGAUGUAUACCUAGGGCUAACAAGAAAGGAUCCGUCAACAGCAUGCUGUGAGGAGCUGGUGGUGAAAAUUAAACUGCCUGAUACAAACCCCUCUGAAAUUCAAAUUGACAUCCAAGAAAUGCUCCUUGAUCUUCGCACUCCUAAAAAGAAGCUGAUAGUAAACUUUCCCCAGCCUGUGGAAAGUAACAGUGCUAAAGCAUCCUACAUCUGGGAAGCUGAAACACUUGAAGUCAGAAUGGCCCUGAAAAGGGAGUUUGAUUUUAACCUUUCCUGAAACUGCAUGAAUAAGAAGAAGAGAUGGAGAAAAUUCAUGGCAGGGAUAACGUUUUUGUAACUCUGAAUACUGUUUGUUUGUGUUCUAUUU